GGAGGGAAGUCAACCAUUCAUUCAAGUAUCUCGAACGAAUCCACUUGCUUAAAGUUGGAUACCUCACUCUUUAGUUACGUUAGUGCAAGUAACCCAAGUUCUCUCUGCCGCCGCCAUGGAAAAUUUAGUGAAGCUGCUCGUGCUGCAGUUUAUCGUGUUGAUUAUUACGGCGCGUACGGCUCACUCACAGGCCGCCGGCACCGAUUGCCACGGGAAGGACUACCUGUGUCUAGACGACACCCGGUUCCAGAUUUGCAUUGACCUGGGCGACGGGCAGCCCCAGACGGUGGACGACGAGGCCCAGUACUGCCCCCGGGGAACCUUCUGUAGCAACGUGGGACGGUUCGAGUGUGACUCGUCGGUGCCACCGUCUACGACGGCUGCCCCCGAACCGACCGAGGCGCAGCAGAUCGUUUCGGAAGGUCCUUCCGAGCUUCCUGAAGAGGAAAGGGAAGUGAUUACCGAAGCGGAAGUACUACCGGAAGAGACGACAGCGAACGAAGAGACGGAAAAUGAACCGAUUCAGACUACGCUUGAGGUCGUACAGCCAGAUCCGACGCAACCAGAGGAAGUGGAGAUUGUUGACGCAUCUCAACCGGAAGCUACUGAAGAUGCCCAGUCCGAAACGACUGUUGCAGUUGAAGCUAGUGAAGAUCCCCAACCGGAAGUAACAGGUGCUCCCGCGCCAGAUACAACAGAGACGGAAUUUGUAGAAGCGGAGAAUGCUGACGAGACGCAAGCAGCUUCAGAGGAUCCUCAAGCUGACACUACCGUUGCCAUUGAAGAAUCCGAACCAAACAGUACGGAUGCUGUUGAGGAACCUCGGCCGGAUACCACUGUUGAAGUUGAAGAAGCCCAGCCUGAACCUACGGAAGCUGCUGAGGAGACUCAGCCGGAGACAACUGUUGCAACAGAAGAAUCUCCAUCAGAGGUCACCGAAGCCGUUGAAGAAUCUCAAACGGAAGCCACUCAGGAAGCUGAAGAAUCUCAACCCGAAACGACUGUUAUAGCAGGUGAGUCUCAACCGGAUACCACUGAAGAAGAAUCUCAACCAGAAGUCUCAGAAGACGCCACUGAGAGCAACCCAGAAACCACUGCUGUUACCGAGGAAUCUCAACCAGAGGUCACCAAUGCCGAGGUCACCGAUGCUCCAGUAGAAUCUCAACCAGAAGCUACUGACGCUCCAGUAGAAUCUCAACCAGAAGCUACUGUCGCUCCAGUAGAAUCUCAACCUGAAGGUACUGAUUCUCCAGUGGACACAAACGCUCCAGUGGAAUCCCAACCAGAAAGCACGGAUUCUCCAGUUGAAUCCCAGCCCGAAGACGCUAAUACUCCAGUAGACUCUCAACCGGAAGAUACUGAUUCUCCGGUAGAAUCUCAACCGGAAGGUACUAACUCUCCAGUGGACACAGACGCUCCAGUGGAAUCCCAACCGGAAAACACAGACUCUCCAACGGAAUCCCAACCUGAAGGUACUGAUACUCCAGUAGAAUCCCAACCAGAAAGCACAGGCGCCCCAGUGGAACCUCAAUCUGAAAGCACUGAUGCUCCAGUGGAAUCCCAACCCGAGGUCACCGAUGCCCCAGUUGAAUCUCAGCCUGAAGAUACUGAUUCUCCAGUGGAAUCCCAACCGGAUACCACAACCGCUAGCGAUCAACCCGAGUCGGACACCACAGCUGAUGCCGGAGAGUCCCAACCAGAAACCACAGCUAACGCCACAACAGAACCCAACCCAAACACUACCGAGGGCAGCGAGGAAUCUCAACCUGCUACGACAGAGAACACUGAGGAGUCUCACCCGGAAUCAUCGGAUGCCGGUGCAGAAUCCACCUCCGAAACGACGGUAGCUGCUGAACAAGAGACUACAGCUGACGCUACGGUUACGGCUGAAGAAGGUAGUGAGGCACCUCAACCGGAGUCUACCGAUUCAACAGCUGUAUCAACGGAAACUACUCCAACUGCCGGCUCAGCAUCCGACGAAAGCGGCAGCGACUCCAGCUCCGCCGAAGCACCCUUCGUCUGUCAGCGCUCGGGUCGCUUCCCCCAUCCCUCGGACUGCCACAAGUACUACAUCUGCGUGUGGCUCCCGUUCGGCCUGUACGAGGUCGAACAGAGCUGCAUCCUCGGCUGGGCGUACAACCCGGUCCUGCAGCGCUGCGCCGCCGACCAAGCUCCGUGCUUCCCCGGGCAGUUCACCUGCACCGCUCCGGGUCGCUUCGCCGAUCCCACCGACAACACCAAGUACUUCUGGUGCGUGUGGAACGUGCUGGGAGGCUACCUGCAGUACAACCUGGACUGCCCCGUCGGGCAGGUGUUUGCGGCGCCUCGUCAGCGGUGCGUCGCCGCUCCACGACCGGGCGUUGGAAGGAGUUUGGAGGGGGAGCUUGAGGAGGAGGAUGAAGCUGUUUUGAACGUGGAAGUUUCUGGAGAAUCGGGCAACGAAGUUGAGGUGCCGGUGGAGAAGGUCAAGUUCGACUGUACCGAGGAGGGAACGUUCCCGGAUCCGAGCAGCUGCGGUCGGUACUUUGUGUGUACGCUGAAGAAGAAGGACAAGUUCAAGAAGAGCAAGCUAAAGUGCCCCAAGGGACAGCUGUUCGAUGCGGCGCUGGAGUUUUGCACUGACGAUGAAGAUGUCAUCUGCGGUGGUGUUCGUGAGGAGAACUAAUCUUAGUAAGACUUAUUUAUUAUUGUUAGGAGAGAAUGAAUUUUUAUCAAAUAUACUAGAACGCAACAAAUAAA